GUAUUUUAAGGUAGAAUCUUCGCGUUGGUAAGUUUAAAUAUGUAUCGGUGGAAAAACAUUUUACUUCUUAUAUCUCUUGGCUUAUUGCUGACAGCAAGUUUAAGCAAAGCUGAUGAAGAAGAGAAUGAUGAUUCAGAAGACGAGGAAGAAGAAUCUGCGCCCUCUGAACCAGAACGGGAAAAUGGGGUUUACGUUUUAACUGAUGAUAAUUUUGAUUCUUUCAUCGAAGAUAAAGAAGUUGUUUUAUUGGAGUUUUACGCCCCAUGGUGCGGCCACUGCAAAACAUUUGCUCCCACAUAUGAAAAAAUUGCACAGGCUUUGGAGGGAAAAGUUGCGGUUGCGAAAAUUGAUGCAACAGCAAGUAAAGAUCUAGGAGGGAGGUACGAAGUCACCGGGUAUCCAACUGUAAAGAUUCUAAAAAAAGUUGAUGGAGAACAUCAAGCUAUCACAUAUGAUGGCGCAAGGACUGAAGAUGCUGUCGUGCAAAAAGUGAUGGAGCUAUCGGACCCUGACUGGAAGCCACCACCAGAGGCAGUAUUGACACUCACCACCGAAAACUUUGACGAGACGGUGAACAACGCUGACAUUAUUCUGGUUGAGUUUUACGCCCCAUGGUGUGGCCACUGCAAGAAGCUCGCCCCCGAAUACGAGGCAGCUGCUCAGGAGUUAAAGAAUCGGGAUACGCCGUUACCUCUUGCUAAGGUUGAUGCAACAGCAGAAUCUGCCCUAGGAACGAGGUUCGAUGUAUCGGGUUACCCCACACUUAAGUUGUUUAGACGCGGACGCGCAUAUGAAUAUGACGGUGGUCGGGAUAAAACAGGCAUCGUGAACUACAUGUUGGAGCAGAGUAAACCACCUUCCACGAGCGUAGAAACUGUGAAAGCGAUCCGAAACAUACUUCAUCAUUCAUCUGAUGUUACCAUCAUUGGAUGCUUCAAUGGUGCUGAUGAUACUAACUUGGAAGUUUACCAAGAUUCUGGCAACAGCCUUCGAUCCGAAUACACUUUCCACCACACGUUCAACAAAGAUGUGAUGGACGAUGUUGGAUGUUCAGAAGGAGAGAUCGUCCUGUUUCAUCCCGAGCGAUUUCAUUCAAAAUAUGAGAAGAAAAGUUACAAGUUUCCCUUUUCUAAAAGCACAACAAAAGCAGAACUCGAGAAAUAUUUUUCAUCUCACUCUGUACCACUGGUUGGACAACGUACGAGAGAUAAUAAAGACAAGAGAUACGGAAAACGUCCUCUCGUGGUUGUGUAUUAUGGUGUGGACUUUAGUUUUGAUUACAGAGUGGCAACUCAGGUUUGGAGAAACAAAGUCUUGGAAGUCGCAAAUCAAUUUAAAAAAGUUACUUUCGCAAUCGCCAAUGAAGAAGAUUUCCAAGAGGAAUUAAAGAGAGUUGGUUUGGAAGAUUCACCCGAAGAGAUAAACGUGAUCGCUUAUGAUGAUGAAGAUAGAAAAUAUCCCAUGGAACCGAAUGAGGAGUUUGAUGCAGAGGUUCUACAAGAAUUUGUCGAAGAUUUCUUAGCAGGCAAAUUGAAACCGAAAAUUAAAUCUGCUCCAAAACCAAAGAAAAACAGUGGAGCAGUGAAAGUUGUAGUUGGUGACACAUUUAAUGAACUUGUGAUGGGAAAAAAGAACGUCCUAAUAGAAUUCUAUGCACCAUGGUGUGGCCAUUGUAAAAAACUUGAACCAGUGUUUAAAAAACUAGGAAAGAAAUUAAAGGGCAACGACAAAGUAGUAAUUGCCAAAAUGGACGCAACUGCAAACGACAUUCCUCACUCUGCGUAUAAAGCAGAAGGUUUUCCUACGUUGUACUGGGCACCAGAGGGCUCCAAAGAUAAACCAGUGAAAUACGAUGGCGGUAGAGAGCUUGACGAUCUCCUGAAAUUUGUUAACGAGAAACUCAGCAGCUCUAAAGACGAACUUUAAACCAAGAGAGCGAAAUAUAUGAAAAAUUUCGUUUUUUCUGCAAAGUUUCAGUUAUCAUGCACUUUUUUCCGCGAAAAAAUGAAAAUAUUAGUAAAAUUUUGAAAAAUUAUGACCAACACCUAAAACUGCUUAUUUUUUCGUACAAAUAUUUUGAAACGCAAAACUUACGUACACUUUUUGGGUAUUACAUCUUGGUUACGCUUUUUUCAAUUUAAAACUUGUUUUCUGAAGCUUAUUACACAGAUGAAGCAAUUAAACUGCUACAGUGUUCCCACAUGAAAACCUUCUUGGAAAAUAAGUUGCCAAACAGUUGUACCGAAUAAAAUUUAUUUAUAGUUA